AGAUCCACCCCAGCCGUCCGCUCCUUGGAGGCAGCGCCCCGUUAAAUCGGCCGUUUUCCGGAGGGACAUUUGAACGGAGUUCGGAGGCGACUUCAGUCUUCGUGUCUGGAGCGGAGCGGACAGAUCAGCAGGAGCAGCAGCCGCGAUGGACGCGUGAAGUUGUGUGUUUUUUAAAGAAAAGGUGAGGAAAGAGGUGCUUAUAGUAAUCCGACUGAACGCAGCUGAAGGCUGCAGCCAUGGAGCUGUUCAAGCAGCACAAUGUGGAGGAUUUCUAUGAGAUUGGAGAAGAACUGGGCAGUGGCCAGUUCGCCAUCGUGAAGCAAUGCAGAGAGAGAAGCUCGGGUCGGGAAUACGCCGCCAAGUUCAUCAAGAAGCGGCAGAGCAUGGCGAGCUCCCGAGGAGUCCGGCGGGAGGAGAUCGAGCGGGAGGUGACCAUCCUGCAGCAGAUCCAGCACCCCAACAUCGUCACUCUGCACGACGUCUACGAGAACCGCACGGACGUGGUGCUGAUCCUGGAGCUGGUCUCAGGCGGGGAGCUCUUUGACUUCCUGGCCCAGAAGGAGUCCCUGAGCGAGGAGGAGGCCACUCAGUUCAUCAAGCAGAUCCUGGAAGGCGUGAACUACCUUCACACCAGGAAGAUCGCCCACUUUGACCUGAAGCCAGAGAACAUCAUGCUGCUGGACAAGAACGUGGCGCUGCCCAGGAUCAAACUCAUCGACUUCGGCCUCGCCCACACGAUCGAAGCCGGAGUCGAGUUCAAGAACAUCUUCGGAACGCCGGAGUUUGUAGCUCCAGAGAUCGUGAACUACGAACCUCUGGGGCUGGAGGCGGACAUGUGGAGCAUCGGAGUGAUCACCUACAUCCUGCUGAGCGGGGCGUCGCCGUUCCUGGGGGAGACCAAGCAGGACACCCUGAGGAACAUCACAGCCGUGAACUACGAGUUUGACGAGGAGUUCUUCGGCCACACCAGCGAGCUGGCCAAGAAGUUCAUCAGCCAGCUGCUGGAGAAAGACAAGAGGAAGAGACUGACCAUUCAGGAUGCCCUCUGUCACCCAUGGAUCAAGUCCAAUGAGCUCAGAGAAGAAGGUAAAGCCCAGGAGCCAAAGAAACGGGAGCGCCGGCAGCUGAAGACCAAACGCCUGAGGGAGUACACCAUCAAGUCGCACUCCAGCAUGCCGCCCAACAACACCUACGUGAACUUUGAGCGCUUCGCUCAGGUGGUGGAGGACAUCGGCCAGAUGGAGAGCUCCUUCCUGGGCCUGGCGGCGGUCCGCGACUCUCUCCAGGACGACAUCGACGCCUUGGUCUCCAUAUACAACGAGAAGGAAGCCUGGUACAAGGAGGAGAGCGAGGCGGUGCGACACGAGCUCUCCCAGAUCCGCUACGAGUUCAGGAAGGUGGAGGCGUCCAAGAGGAGCCUGCAGGAGGAGGUGCAGGCGUUCAGCGGCAGCCUGGCCGCCGUCAGCGGGCGUUUCCAGGAGAGGCAGGGUCACUUCGACGCCCUCCGCCUGGAGCUCAGCAACGAGCUGAAGUGGGUGCAGGAGGUGGUGGGCUCCCUGCCGGCGGACGGAGGAGGCGGAGGCUACCCCGGCUGCAGCUUCGCCACCGUCUUCAACAACGACGUGAACGAAGCUCUGAAGGAGCUGCUGAACCGCUCCUGUGGAGGAGAGCUGCUGUCAGGGAUCAACCUGGACCUGACUGAGACCGGACAGCAGCGCUAGGAUCCUGGACCCGGGUCCAGAUUCAGAGGCUGGAGCCAGACGGAGCCUCCAGGCAGAUUCCCAGCGUUCAGAUUCCCCGCGUGGACAUGACGUCCUCUGGUGAGACACCGUGGACGUCGUGGUCCAACACCAGCCAGGACAGCGAUGCUCAGUGCAGCGUCUCGCUGGUUCUGGGUCCAUGAAGGCGGGAAGGUCUGAGAUUUCAUUUCAUUAUUUUCCAG